GCGUCAUGCGGCCAUGUGAUUCGGGCUCCGUUCGGUCUCGAUUCGGGUUUGACUCGGGUUUCGGAUGACAUCACUUCAAAGCGGUGAAAACAAGCCGCGAGCGCACAUGAGACCUGCGUGCGCGUCCGUCGCUAUUUCGGUUGCGUAACAACGCGCGGUGGCGUCGCGGGAUGGGCGGACGUGGUUAGGACCCGGAGCACUUCGCCUUUCAGCGCGGAACGGGGCAUCGAGCGCGUCACUCCGCAGCGGCUCGGACGCGCAGAGCGCUCGUGCUGCACGUAACAGAGCCCGACCCCCCCAGGACAGCCUAGGGAUGAGCGCGGCGCGUGUCGGCGGGUACCAGUCCUCCUCUCCUGUCAGAUCAUCGUCGCCCCCCCCGAGCUGAGGAGCCCGAUUCCACCCGACGGCAGCCCGUGCGCGCGACCAAGGUGAACACGACGGCUUCCCGAUCCGUCCGUUUUUCCACCAGAUGGAGAGUGAGCGGAAGAGGCGGAAAUACUCCUCCAGCAGCAACGAUUCUGACACCACCGACAGUCAUGUGACCUCCUGGUCGCGGUCGUCCAAGAGCAUGGGGACCAAUAACACGUGGGCGCGUCAGGGGCAGAAGAAACCGUCAGAGGUGUUCCGGACCGACUUCAUCACAGCCAUGAAGCUGCCCGACUCGGCCCAGCUGAGUCCCGAGGAGUUCUACGUGCUGUCGGACGCCUGGCGGCAGGAGUGGGAAAAGGGAGUGCAGGUGCCGGCGAACGUGGAGGCCAUCCCCGAACCCGUGGUCAGGGUGGUGCCAGAGGUGAUCCACACCCCACCCCAAGGCCAGGGAGCCACCGAGAGGAGGCAGGGUGAUGCGAGGACCCCCUUGGAGCCGCCGUGUCGUUACGACCUGGACGACCUGGACGUGUACUGGCUGGAGCUCGUCAAUGCCGAGUUCAGGGACAUGGGGAUGGCAGCGCUGGACGAACUGACUAUGGAGCGGGUGAUGGCUGAGCUGGAGAGGAAGUGUGAGGAGAACACGCGCCUGGCCAUCGAGGCGGAGGAGGGCCUGGGUAUCGAGUAUGACGAGGACGUGGUGUGCGAUGUGUGCCGCUCACCAGAGGGGGAGGACGGCAACGAGAUGGUCUUCUGCGACAAGUGCAAUGUUUGCGUGCACCAGGCAUGCUACGGGAUCCUGAAAGUCCCGCGGGGCAGCUGGCUGUGCCGCACCUGUGCGCUGGGGGUCCAGCCCAAAUGCCUGCUAUGCCCCAAAAGGGGCGGGGCCCUGAAGCCCACCCGCAGCGGAACCAAGUGGGUCCACGUCAGCUGUGCCUUAUGGAUCCCAGAGGUGAGCAUCGGCUGUCCGGAGAAGAUGGAGCCCAUCACAAAGUGGUCCCACAUCCCCCCCAGCCGCUGGGCGCUGUCCUGUAGUCUCUGCCAGGAGCUCACGGGCACCUGCAUACAGUGCUCCAUGCCCUCCUGCAUCGUGGCCUUCCACGUGACCUGCGCCUUCGACCACGGCCUGGAGAUGCGCACCCUGCUGGCCGAGAACGACGAGGUGCGCUUCAAGUCGUACUGCGCCGAGCACAGCGCCGUGCGGGGCGGCCGACCGGAGCAGGCCGGCGCCGAUCGGCCGAACUCCACCGAGCUGGAGAAGGCAGGCCAGCGCAAGCGGAAGCUGCAGGAACUGGAGGAUGGGUUCUACCUCAUGGUGGAGCCCAGGGAUGUGUCACACGCCCUGCGCCUGCCCGAGGCCCACGUGGACUUUGUCUACCAGUUCUGGAAGCUCCGGCGGAAGGCCAACUUCAACCGCCCGCUGCUGCCCCUCAAGCAAGACGAGGUGGACAAUCUGGCUCAGCAGGAGCAGGACGUCCUGUACCGACGCCUGAAGCUCUUCACCCACCUGCGACAGGACCUGGAGAGGGUGCGGAACCUGUGCUACAUGGUGACGCGGAGGGAGAAGCUGAAGCACUCGCUGUGUGACCUGCAGGAGAACAUCCUCCACCUGCAGGUGCGGAUCCUCGAGGACGACUCGGCGCAAGAGGGAGGGCCCAAGGGCGAGAAGAAGAGGCAGAGCAGUGGGAAGGACACGGCCAAGGAGCGACGCAAAGGGAGUCCCGAGAAGAAGACAAGCUGGAAAUUGGAGAACGUCUCCUUACUCAAGCAGCUGGGCCUUUCCAAGAGCUUCCCCUUGGACGGGGCGCUGAUCGACGGCUGGUUGGCGCAGUCGGUGCAGAUCGCGGCGGAAGACGCGCCGGGCCAGUGGUCGCUGGGGAGCGAGCCUCACGACAAGGCAGCCGGCCUGCUGUCGGACCAAUUCCUACAGGGGGAAGAGAACCUGCUGAAGCUCAUGAUGGACCCCUCCGUCAGUGCCGCCUGGAAGACCCCUCAGCUGGGCAGGAGGGCCCGGGGAAAGGCUCGAGGCCGGGCUCGGGAGCCCCAGGGUCCCCCCGCUGCGGCGGACAGCCGAAGCGAUGGGGUCCCGCUUGAAUGGAAGGGUCCGAAUUCUGGAUGGUCCCGGUCGUCUAAAGCCUCCCACCGGCACCGUCACCGCCGGCGCCACCGCCACCCCCACCCCCAGCAACGAACAAGGAGCGGCCGGCCCAGGCGCACGGCCCCGCAGCCCCCCAUCUCCAAAAUGAGCUCCUGCCACAUUUCUGAGGAGCGUGGUCCCAAAGGAGGUCAGGCAACUGCUCUCUCGGCGCCCUGCGGCCCCGUCCCGGCGCCUGUGGAGGGGUGUCCCCCAGCCGAGGAGGGGCAGGACGGGCCCGGGUCCGAGCGUGAGCCCGCCGGGAGCCACAGCUCGGCCUUUCGCCCCGGUCCCGACGGAACGCGGAGCGACUCUGACGUGCGGGCCGGCGGUCGCAGGCUCCGCCUUGCCCAGUUGCAUGCUGGGAAUGAGGAAGUGCUCAGGAGAAGCAUUCUGGCGUCCUAAACAGUGGAAUUACUGAUUGAAGAACAAUCCUUUAAAGCCGUCGUGGCUGUUCUGCAUCAUUUUAUACUUUUCAGCUGACAGUUAAUUACAGCAGAUUUUACUUCUUUAACCACAUUUGUGUAUUUGCAAGUUAAAUGGACCCUUUCGGUAGGUUUUGGAGCCCACAGCAAUGCUUCUUAGAACCUCACAGGUCGUGGUCACGGCCCUUGUGGAUGUUCUCGCUCCAGUUUUAAUCUGGAGUUUUAUGUUUUUUGAAAACGGUGAUUUUCUUUUCGUGUCGUCAGCAAGACCACAGGAACUGACGCUUCGGAGAACCGCGUGCCGAUUCGGGAUGCGUUUUGUUUCCUGCCUGUACCUAAGCUUGUCCAGUGGAAGUUUCACCUCUAAGUAGGGUUAAUGGUGCAGGAAGUAAUCAGACUGAAAUAACUGCGUAUAAUUUAUGCGCUUGGGGAAAAGCACAACUGGCAAGCAGCAACACAAACACACACACACACACACACACACACACACACACAUACAUCGUUAUAAUCUUUUAAAGUCUUCGUACUGACUUGGCUUGGUCUCCUUUGGUUCCUUCGGAGUCGUUCAAGAGACGUUGAGGAUGUUUUUAACGCAAUGUGCCUUCUGUCAUUCUAGCUAAAAAUGAUACGAAUCAGAUAUUUAACGGUUGCCCCCCCCCAUGAGGCUGGUGAGAGGAAGUGAAGAAUGGCUGACACAAAGGAGGAUUUUCAGUUAUCCUGCUGCAGUGCCUCACUUGUACACAACCGUUGUUUUUGCGGUAUAUUCGCAUUUCGCACUCACACCAGAGUCCAGUCACACAACGCUGCACUUGCAGAUGCAGAACCCAACAAGAAGUAUGACCGCAAACGUGUGGACGCGAGAGACCUUGUGCCUGAAAACGGGUUUCUGACAGUCCACGAUAAUAUCUCAGGGUCUAAGAAUAAAACGGUUUGAAACGCAGUAAAAGAAAACCUUGUAUAUUAAUGCAUCUCCAUAUGUAAAGAGAGCUGGGGCUGCACACUGGCAUACAUAUGUAUAUAAACACAGAGUGUGCGAUAUAUGUACAUGGAUGUAGAUGAUUUAUGUGUGUAUAUAUAUAUGUGUAUAUAUACACACACAUGCAUAUGUGCUUAUAUUUAUUCUACAGCUUUUUGGCGAGCUCUAUUUCUUCUGACUACUGCUACUGAGUGGUUUUGUGUUGGUGAUCAAAGAGGCUAUUUUAUGUCACGGGCUGUUUGGUUUGACGAUGCCAAAGAACAUUAUAAACACUCAGCACUGCGUUGUUGCCGGUGUUAAUUUUGCAAGUGAUCCGUGAUGGGAUGGGAAAAGUGCGUCAUGCUUGCAUCACGCUGAUGGGCACGGUGACGCCGUUGGCACAAGGGUUGGGGAUAAGGGGUGGAGGCGGAGGUGACCUUAACUGGGAACCUGGGCAGUAACUGUAACUCUUCCAGGAAAGUCUGGCUCGUGGGCGUCAUGUUCCAGGCAGGAGCUCCGUUUAGUCCGAAUCACUGUUUCGUUGUGCUGCCGAGACAGUGGUGUGCGCACGCGUGAUCCGAGGAGCAGGAAACACAGCCUCACGGGACGUGUCACUGAUGCAAAUCCUGAUAAAGAGAAUGGCAGGAGAUUGGAUGGAAAAGAGGUGAAGAAGAGCAAGGUCUUCGGACAUAACGAUGCCGGUCUUUGUGAACUUGUCGAUGGCAUCGUGUUUAGAGAAUGUGUGUGUGUUCCUGUGGUUUGAAAGUGUGCCGCGGUGCAAAUACAAAGCUCUUAUUUCACAGUUGCUCGUGUGGCAGUCUGAAGGUGGAGGUGAAAACCCCAAUCUUCCUCUGCUGUGAAUGGUAGCACGUCUGGCAGGUUCACGCCACUGAGGUCAGAGCCAACUGUAGCUGCUGACGGGCAUUUCUAAUUGCACCGGGAGAUGUAAGAGGCAACGGCACAGACCGUGGUAUUGUCUAAAAGGAAAUGUUCCUUCAACCAAGGAUCUUUUCUUCUCUGUUCAUUGCUUUCUUUUCCCAGGAGACUUUCGCUGAAAGCUGCAGUUGGCUCUCAGCACUUGGUUUUGUUUGCACCAACAACAAUGCACAAUACAAUACUUGUACGCAUUUUUCCACCUGCUGUGCGCCAGGCUUUGGGAAAUGCUUUGUACGCUUUAGCUUGCGGACACAUGACACUGUCCUGUCAUCCAUUCUGCUUGUGUUAGUUUUCUCUGUUUUCAUAUGGACCAAAAAAUAAAUAAAAAUACUUAGCACACAGCAUCCAGCUUCUCUUGCUCCACAUUCCAAGCACCUCAAGCCUCUGUGCUACCUGAUAAUCAAAAAAUGAUUGUGACAGAUGACGGCAUGAGUGUGUUCUGCAACAAAGUGUAAAUCUGACCCGUCCCGACGGGCUGGGAUCCUCUCCUCACCUGUCAGCAGCACAUGGCUGCACAAAGCCUUGGAUGCACCUAUGAGUUUCUGGUUGCAAUGGCACUGAUCAUGCCUAAACAAUGGCAGGUGAUUUGCUGGGUCAGAAGAGGGCAGAGUUAUGAAUGGUAAGGGGCAUGAUUCAGUUAGAGUGUCUUGCACAAAUAAAAAUAACUCUUGACCAGUUCUCUUGUGUUGCUCCAUCACAAACGGUACACUGAAAUUUUGUUCACUGCAAUAUCUUAUUUCAAAACAUGACAACUCAGAAUUAAUUAUUUUAAGGUGAGAUUGUGUUACAAAAUAUUUUUUUACGAUAGAUAAACUGAAAUAUACCGUUUGCAUAAACAUUCAGCUUUGCUUUGGUCACUUUUCAGAAGUGAUUUUGGCUCAUUCUUCUUGGUAGAUUUGCUCCAAGUUGUUCAAAUUCGUUGAGAGACACUUGUGUAGCAUAAUGUUUAAACUGUACCACAGAUUCUCAGUGGAAUUUGGAUACAUUUUUUUGACUGGACCACCCCAGGACAUUUUUCACCUUUUUUCUUCAGUUAUUCUAAUGUUGCUCUGACCCUGUGCUUGACGUCAUUGUCCUCAAGAUGAAAUUCCUCUCUGGCUUUUUAGCAGAGUGUAGCAGAUUUUCUUGCAGUCUUUUCUUGCUCUAUCCAUUCUUCCUUCUAUUUUUUCAAAAUGCCCAGUCCCUGCUGAUAAAAAGCAUCCCCACAGCAUGAUGCUGCCACCACCAUACUUCACUGGAGGAAUGGUAAUUCUUAAAACAUGGGCACAUCAUCUUUGCACCACACAUAGCCCUUUGAAUUUUUCCUAAAAAGCUCUGACUUUGUGUCAUCUGAUCACAAAAUCUUAACCCACAUCACAGCUGGUCACUCUUGUGCUUUCUGGGUAAAUCCUGGCAUCCAUUAUGACAGUUCGUUUUGAAUAAUGGCUUGUUUUUUGCCACCUUUCCAUAUAAAACUAGUCACAUUUUCUUGCAUAAAAACAAUGUCACCUUAAAAUAAGUAAUUAUGCAUUUCAGUGUUAUGAAAUGAAGGUAUCACACAGAAUGGAAUUUCAGUAACAUUACAGGAUUGGUGAGAAGUCUCAGUACUUUUGCAAGGCACUAUAUGUGCAUAUACUCUAAAGAGGAUAGUUAAAAUUGGAGGGAAAAAUGCCCCAAUUAAAAGGGAAGUGAAUAACUGAGUGGAAGGAAGUCAUUACCUACAACUGUCUGUCAAAUGUGUGUUUUGUUAUCUUGUAAGGGUCGAAGUGAUCUGUUGAAAAUUUGUUUUGGUCUUCUGGAAUACAGUAUGUAUGCAGUGAAAGUGUGAUUACUACAGAAAGUGUUGUAAAAAAACAGUAUUUGUUGGUGGGGAAAAAUCUUGAGAUGACACAACUGCUGAAAUGGAAAGAAAAUGAUGUGCUUUAAAGUAUUCCAUUUUCCUGAACAACUUGUGUGGAGCGACACUUAGAGAAGACCUCAGCUUCAAAUUACUUCCCAACUAUGAACUGUUUUUCUCCUCUUUAACUUUGAUAAGUCAUAAUAUUGUUCCCCACCCCCUCUUCCAAGAGAAUAUCCUCAGUGCUCAGAUAGAAUACCUGCCAAGAGUAACAUGCAGAGUAAAAGCUGAGUAGCCCAUAGUCAUCUUCUGAAGAUUUUCAUUGUAACGAGUCUUUCAGCAUUUCCUCCCUCUAUUUCUAAUUUAGCUACCUGCAUUUGCAUGCAGUAA